AAAGUUUGAGAGUUUUGGCCCUCACACAAAUUAGAUUCCAUCCCUACAUCUUCUACACACUAAAACCCUAAAUUCAAGAUUCAUCGUCUUUCUAUCAACUGCCUACUACUGAUUCAACUCACGCCCACUUCCUUUCUUCAUUAACCUUUUCUGGGUUUCCUUCAAGAUUCUUCUUCAUUUUCAUCCCCCUGGGCUUCAACGGUAAGAUCAGAUUUAGAUUGUAUCUACUGUUCUUGAAGUUUCACAUUUUAGUUUCUUGAUUGAUUGAAAAUGGAACAUCUUCCUGUGGAAGUCAUCGGAAACAUCCUUUCUCGGCUCGGUGCUGCCCGAGAUGUUGUGAUUGCGUCUGCUACUUGCCGGAAAUGGCGAGAAGCUUGGCGGAUUCACCUCCAUACCCUUUCGUUCAACUCGAACGAUUGGCCCGUUUAUCACGAACUCACAACGAGCCGACUCGAAAUUCUAAUAACUCAAACAAUCUUCCAAACCACUGGCCUUCAAUCCCUUUCCAUCAUCAUGGAUGAUGUCGAUGAGUUCUCCGCAGCCCCAGUGAUCGCGUGGCUUAUGUACACUCGAGAAAGUUUGAGACAGUUGCAUUAUAAUGUAAGAACUUCGCCCACGAUUAAUAUCAUUGAAAAAUGUGGUCGCCAGAAGCUCGAAGUACUGAAUCUAUCCCAUAACACGAUCAGUGGUGUCGAACCAAGUUACCAGCGAUUCCCGUCUCUGAGAUCUCUUUCGUUAAGUCAUAUCAGCAUUUCCGCUCUAGAUUUGAGUUAUCUCCUGACAGCCUGUCCGAAAGUUGAGAUCUUAACGCUAUUGAGUCUCGAUAUCGCCAUGUCAGAUGCACAGACGUCCAUGGAAUUGAAUAGCCCUUCUUUGAAAGAUUUAUCGGUUGAAGCCAUCAGUUUGGAGAAGUUCAUACUUGAAGCCGAUGGCCUCGAAAAGCUGCAACUUAAAGAUUGCACACUUGAGGUUUUCGAACUUAUUGGCAAAGGGACGUUAAAGCUUCUAAAGAUCGAUGACGUUAGCGUUAUUCAUCUCGAUAUUGGCGAAAACACGGAACAUCUUGAAGUUGUGGAUGUUAGCAACUUCACCAUCAUGUGGGCUAAAUUCCAUCAUAUGAUCUCGAAAGCAUCAAAGCUAAGAGGGCUUCGGCUUUGGGGGGUUGUGUUUGAUGAUGAAGAUGAAGUUGUGGAUAUGGAGACGAUUUCCAUUUGCUUCCCUCAAUUGACACAUCUGUCCUUGUGUUAUGAUCUAAAAGAGGCAGCGCUUCAGUACAGUUUGCAGCGAUCGUUUGAGCUGAAGAAUGUGAUCAUGUUGGAACUCGGGUGGACGGUGAUCACGGAUCUGUUUUCGCAGUGGGCAGCGGGGUUGCUGGAGAGGUGCCCGCAUCUUCGGAAGUUGAUCAUUAAUGGGGUUGUUUCGGAGGCCAAAAGCCACGAAGAAUGCCAAGUGUUGGCUAGCUUUACGACAUCGAUGGUUGGUCUGAUGAGAAAGUAUUUGCAUGUAGAUGUGCAGUUUGAAUAUGAAUGAAUUCAACAAACACUCAUAUGGUCUCCUCCAGAAGCAGGUAAUGUCUUCAAUUGUGAAUGGAUUGAAGCUUGCAUUGUGGUUGUGGUUGUAGUUGUAGGGAUUUUGCAUCUGAUGUAGAUUAAAUCUUAUUAUAGUCUUAUAAUGCAAAGAGUAUCUCCUUUGGUUUUAUUCCUUCAAUACAGGGAUUAAUAUAUGAUGUUAACAUUGGAU